UAAUCUUAUUGCUGUUUCCUAUAACAGAAAAAACAGAGAGAGAUAUUUAUCCGAUCCUUCGCGACCACAGAACCAAAAAUAUCUCCAUCUAAAAGUGGAAGUACAAAUACAACCGCCUUUUACACUUUCUUAAUCUGUCAAUUACUUCCAAGAAAACCUAGACCCAAACCGUUCACUUUCCGAUCUGCCGAACUGGAAACUAUUCACCGACGGUAGCGAAACGCGGUCGUUUAGUGAACUGUGUAAUGCGAAUGAACUGAAUUUCAUCUAUUGAAGUUGGUUUAAAACCUAAUAUUAGUCAAUCGGGUAAAUGGAUCGGGCGCAAAUAACACUUGGUCCAGGAAUGGAUAUGCCGAUCAUGCACGAUAGUGAUCGAUACGAUUUAGUCCGAGAUAUCGGGUCGGGUAAUUUCGGGGUUGCUCGGCUCAUGAGAGAUAAGCAAACCAAGGAACUUGUUGCUGUGAAGUAUAUUGAGAGGGGCGACAAGAUAGAUGAAAAUGUUCAAAGAGAAAUUAUAAAUCACCGCUCUUUGAGGCACCCUAAUAUUGUUAGAUUUAAAGAGGUCAUUCUAACUCCAACUCAUUUGGCCAUUGUCAUGGAGUAUGCAUCUGGAGGAGAGCUUUUUGAGAGAAUAUGCAAUGCGGGACGCUUCAACGAGGAUGAGGCUCGCUUCUUUUUUCAGCAACUUAUAUCUGGAGUCAGUUACUGUCAUUCGAUGCAAAUAUGUCAUAGGGACUUGAAGCUGGAAAACACACUGUUAGAUGGAAGCCCUGCUCCAAGGCUCAAAAUUUGUGAUUUUGGGUAUUCUAAGUCUUCAUUGCUGCACUCUCAACCCAAAUCUACUGUGGGAACUCCUGCAUAUAUUGCUCCUGAAGUGCUACUUAGGAAAGAAUAUGAUGGAAAGAUAGCAGAUGUAUGGUCCUGCGGGGUCACUUUAUAUGUAAUGCUCGUAGGUGCCUAUCCAUUCGAGGAUCCUGAAGAACCCAAGGACUACCGAAAGACAAUUCAAAGAAUCUUACACGUUCAAUAUUCCAUUCCAGAACAUGUCAAAAUUUCUGAGGAAUGUCGGCAGCUAAUUUCCCGGAUCUUUGUUGCAGACCCUGCACAACGUAUCACCAUUCCGGAGAUUCGAGACCACGUGUGGUUCCUGAAGAACCUUCCAGCAGAUCUAAUGGAUGAAAGGACGAUGGGAAACCAGUUUGAAGAGCCUGACCAGCCCAUGCAGAGUCUGGAAGUCAUUAUGCAGAUAAUCUCAGAGGCGACCAUACCUUCUGCUGGUUUCUAUAACCUGGACAUGAUGGAUGAUGACAUGGAAGACCUGGAUUCCGACCCUGAUCUUGAUAUUGACAGCAGUGGAGAGGUCAUUUAUGCUCUAUGAUUGCGACUUUUGUGUAGGACUGGAAGCUGGAAAAAUGGAAAAACAAGGGAAAAUUUUCUUGUAUUAUGUCUUCACAGAGACCUUGUUUAGAAAGUUCGUAACAUCCUACUAAAAGUAUGAUUCGAGUCCGGUCAUGGUUCAGUAUGUCAGUCGUAUUUUGGUUCAGAAUGGAAUUGUAUUUGGCUGUCUGUAUCCUUCUGUUGAGAAGAAAUUGAAGCAUGAUACAUGUCAUAGGACUACACUAGCUGGCAGUGGUUAUUGUAUGGCUUGUUUUGAAUUGCUGUAUGUACCAAUCUAUACUCUGUAUUGCCCAUGUGGUUAUGUUGGAGAAUUCUUAUAGCACCUUUAUAUUAUUGUACGUCA